AUGUCGGACUCUAUCUCCAGCAGCAAACCAUACACGUGGACUGACGUCUCGGGUAACGUGUAUCGAUACUAUAGGCAUCCUAUGACUAAGGCUGUCUUGUUCGUUUUACUACAAGAGUUAUGUGAGCGUCUGGCCUUCUACGGCUUGAUGCCCAAUCUCCAGAUCUUCCUCAAGGAGUACCUCGGGGUUGACGAUGCUGGUGCUAACUCCUACAUAUCGACUUUCAACGCUAUCUUGUAUGUCACUCCACUGUUAUCUGCUGUUAUAUCGGACACAAUACUCGGGCUUUAUCUCACUAUUCUGGCCUUCUCCUUUGUGUAUAUGGCGGGUUUGGCUCUCCUUACGCUCUCUACGAUACACUCGAUCAGUCAGCCUUGGAUGAUUCACGUCUCGCUGUUGUUCCUUAUUGCUUUUGGUGCUGGUGGUAUCAAGAGUUGUGUGAACGUUAUGGGAGCCCAACAGUUCCAUCCUGAGGAGCAUAAAGAACUAAUUACGAGGUAUUACACCUACUUCUAUGCUUCUAUCAAUCUUGGUUCUAUUGUUGGUGGUAUUGUUACUCCGAUUUUGGUGGAGUCGGUCUCGUUUACUGCGAGUUUUUCCUUCCCUUUGGUUGCCUUUAUCAUUGCUACUAUCGUUUUUGUGGCUGGCAAUCUAAUGGGACGCUAUGUGAAGCCGAAGCCUCAAGGUUCGGCUGUUCUUGAAAUUCUCAAGGUCAUCUUUUUCUCUGUCACAAGAUGCUCUCUGGAAAAGAACAAGGAGUCUAACGGUGGUCGUUUCAAGGAUGGUUUCAUCGAGGAUGCAAAGGCAUUGUUCCGACUGGUGCCUUUAUUUUCCCUCAUUAUCCCUUUUGUUAUGGCCUAUAACAAUAUGACUACUGCGUUCUUGACACAGGGCAAGAAAAUGGACACUAGCCUCUUCGGUUGGCAGAUGCCAGCUCAGAUGAUGCAGAAUGUCGAUCCUAUCGCUGUUGUUCUAACCAGUGUUUUGGUUGAUACGGUUUUAUUCCCUUUCCUAAAGAAGCGUAAUAUGAUGCCCCCAGUGUUGGUUCGUUUUUGCAUUGGUUCAUUGUGUGGCGCUGCCUCCCUGCUUGUGGCCCUCGGCGUGGAGUACAUGGUCAUGUCGAAGCCUGUCUUUUCUGUCUCUAUUUGGUGGCAGAUUCCUCAAUUUUGGCUUAUCGCUGCAGGUGAGAUCUUCCUCAUCUCAACUUCAUACGAAGUUGCAUUUACUCACUCCCCGGGUGCACUUAAGGCCGUUGCCUCUGCCUUCAAUUUGUGCUUCUUUUCCAUCUCUAACGUUCUGUCAGCUACGCUUUUCCAAAUCUGUGAAAGUUGGCUGCCUAAUUUUGAUAUGGAGAAUCCUUCUCAAGAGGCCGUCACCGAUGCGCACUAUGACUACUAUUAUAUGGUUCUCGUGGCGUUAUGUAUUGUUGGUGCCAUUGCUUCUGUGUCUAUGAUACCUUACUUUAAUAAGGUUUCUGCUAAGAAUGCUGCGAGGAAGGCUGAGGCAGAACGUGAGGCGGUGAAGGUGGAAGAAAAAGAUGAUGAAGUUGCUGUGAACGUUUAA